CGCGACGUUUUCCAUCUUAAUGCAACAAAGUACUGCCACGAGGACCUAUGCGUGGAUGCAGCAUUUUUCGAAAUCUACAGUGGGAAGGUCUACGAUCUCCUAAACAAGAAGGCAAAAUUACGUGUGCUGGAGGACGCUAAGAAUCAGGUUCAGGUGGUGGGCCUGCGGCACGAACCUGUCCACUCGGUUGAAGAUGUCCUUCGUCUCCUCAAACACGGUGCUGAUAUCAGGACUAGCGGUCAGACUUCGGCUAAUCAACAUUCCAGUCGGUCGCACGCCGUUUUCCAGUUGAUUCUCAAACGACGAGGCACGAAUAAGCUCUUUGGAAAGUUCUCCCUCAUCGAUUUGGCUGGCAAUGAGAGGGGCGCUGACACAAGUUCUGCUGACAGAAUCACACGGAUGGAGGGUGCUGAAAUCAACAAGAGCCUUCUCGCACUUAAGGAGUGUAUUCGGGCGUUGGGUCGCAAAGGCGCACAUACACCCUUCCGGGCUAGCAAGUUAACCCAGGUGUUACGUGACUCCUUCAUUGGAGAUCGUUCGCGAACCUGUAUGAUAGCCAUGAUCUCACCCGGUAUCUCCUCAUGCGAACACACUCUCAACACCCUCCGCUAUGCUGAUCGGUAG